GAGAGAGAGAGAGAGAGAGAGAGAGAGAGAGAGAGAGAGAGAGAGUUUUGUUAUGGCAAGAACCAACAACAAAUACACCUCCAUCAACUUCAACCACAUCCUCCACACUGACCACCUCCCUUCUUCCUCCACCGGUUCCUACUCCUCCGUCGCUCGCCCACAUGGCCGCAUGCUCGUCGUCUCCCGUCCUUCCCCUAAGCCCCUGACCUCUCCCACACCCACCACGCCCCCGACAACGGAUCAAGCUCCCUCUGACCAGAUCUCACUCCGUCCUCUUGGUCGCACAGGCCCUGGUCCUUCUCCGUCGCUUCUCACGUCUCCGCUUCGGAACCCGGAGGUGGCUUCUCCGGUUCAUCCUGUCGAAUCGCCCAAGCCGGACCGGUUCGUGCCGCCCCAUCUUAGGCCUGGUUUCGUCGGGAGGGAGGCGAAACCCGGACCCGACGCGCCACGCGUCAAGGAUUUGAGUCAGAGAUCGCCUCCCCAGCACCAUCAUCAUCAGCAGCAGCAACAGCGACAAGACUAUUUCGGGUUGCCGGGCCGGUACGAGCAAAACGGGCGACCUAGGUCGGGUGGGUACGAGAGGAUCGAUGCGGAUCCCGACCAUCUGGGUCGACCCAGAUCGAGCGGAAGCCGACCUGGUUCCACAUGAUGAUGAUUCUGACCAUCCGGCUAUCUUUAGAUACAUGCCCCGGUCAGAGAAGGAACCCAUCUGAGGAUUCCGUUACACGUAACCGCUACAGCAUUUUCCCGGGAACGAAAGAUUAGACUGUGUUGUUCCGCCGUCCUGAGGAGUUUUUUGAGAAGAACCUCGAAUUUCAGUACAUCUCAAGUGGAUAUCUGUGUUUGAUACGAUGAAACAAAGAAGAGGAACCAUUUCGAGAGUUUCCCCAUUGCAUUAAGGUUCUGUAUCAGGCAACGUUGUUGUAAUGAAGCUACAGAAGCAAAGCUUUCUCUCUGUCUCUGUUUUGAGAAUCUCAUAAUCCCACUCUCUUAUCACACACUUGUAUUAGUUCUUUGUUUUUGUUUUUUUUUCUAAUUUAAAUCAGUACUUGAUAAACAGUAUUUCUUUUCUUU